AUGGGGCACAUCUACCCCACGGUGGGAGAGGGGCCGGAGGUGAUCGGGGUGAUGUGGAGCCGCCCCCUCGCCGCCAGCCUCGGGGAUGGCUGGGCCGUGACCCCUCAGCGGGCUGAGCAGUCCGGCGGUGCUGCCCCUGCCCCCGGCCAGGGGAGAGGCUCCCGGACUCCUCCUCCGGCCGCUCAGGCGCCUCCAAUGAGCCCCGGGGUGCCCGGGCUGCCCUGCCCUGCCUUCCCUUCCCUCACCUCCUCCUUCUUCUAUCUAAAAAUGGGAGAGACCAGCGGGGCCGCCGGACUGCCUUCCUCCCUCUCUCCUUCUCCUCCCUCCCCGCGCUCCGCCUGCAGCCUCGCGCCGCCGCUCGGGAAAGGGACCCCGCGGCCCGGCGGGGACAUCACUGGGCAUCUCACCUUCCCCCUGCUGUCUGUCACCCUUCUGGUAUCCUUUGGCUCCUCCAUGCUCUAUGGCUACAACCUUGCUGUGGUGAACUCACCAGCAGAGCACAUAAAGGCUUUCUACAACACCACGUGGUCCCAGCGGUACGGACACGGGCUGGGCCCUGCCCCCCUGACCCUCCUCUAUGCCCUGACUGUCUCCAUCUUCGCCCUGGGCGGGCUGGUGGGCUCCCUGCUGGUGGGGGUGCUGGUGGAGCGGUACGGCAGGAAUGGUGCUCUGAGCCGCAGCGCUCUCCUCGUCCUCCUGGCCGGCGGCUUCAUGGGCUUCAGCCGGGAGCUGGGAUCCCCUGAGAUGGUGAUCAUCGGCCGUUCCAUCACGGGGCUCCACUCAGGUAUCUGUCUCAGUGUGGUGCCUCUCUACCUGGGAGAAAUCGCACCCAAGAACCUGCGGGGAUUCUUGGGCCUCAUGCCCAGCAUCUUCAUCUGCCUGGGGGUUUUCUCUGCCCAGGUCCUGGGCCUGCCAGAACUGCUGGGCAAGGACAGGUUCUGGCCCCUUUUCCUGUCAGUGGUGGUUGUUCCUGCCUCCCUCCAGCUCCUGCUGCUGCACUGCUUCCCUGAGAGCCCUCGGUACCUGCUGAUAGAGAGAAAUGACAUCUGUGGGGCCACCAAAGCACUGCACCGGUUCCUGGGGAGCCCCGAUGUACAGGAUGUGAUCGAGGAGAUGAAGGAGGAGCAGCGGUCGCUCUCCUCCAUGGAGGUGGUGUCCGUCUGGCAGCUGCUGCGGGACCGCUCCGUGCGCUGGCAGACGCUCUCGGUGGUGGUGGUGAACGCCGGCAUGCAGCUCUCAGGGAUCGAUGCUAUCUGGUUUUACACCAACACCAUUUUCGAGAACGCCGGGAUCCCCGCGUCCCAGAUCCCCUACACCACCAUGGGCACCGGCGCCAUUGAGGUUGUUGCCGGGCUGAUUGGGUGCUUCACCAUCGAGAGGGUGGGCCGGCGGCCCCUCAUCAUCACCGGCUUCUGUGCCAUGGGUGUCUGCUCAGCUGGCAUCACCAUCUCCCUGCUGCUGCAGGCCGCCCUGCCCUGGAUGCGCUACGUCAGCGUUGCCUGCGUGGUCGGCAUCAUCGCUGGCUUCUGCAUGGGACCAGCUGGUGUUCCCUUCCUGAUGACAGCUGAGCUCUUCAUGCAGUCACACCGCCCGGCUGCCUACAUUGUGGGGGGCUCUCUCAACUGGCUCUGCAACUUCACCAUCGGCUUCAUCUUCCCCUUCUUGCAGAUGUCAGCUGGUGCCUUUUGCUACCUGGUUUUCUGUGGUGUCUGCCUGCUGGUGGCCCUGUACGUCUACCUUGUCAUCCCUGAGACCAAGAACAAAACCUUCAUGGAGAUCAGCCACAUCUUUGCCAUGCGCCGCUCCGUCCUCUCCGUGCCAGCCCACCUCAUUGGGAUGAUGAAGCUCGAUGGCUACGGGACUUUGGAGAGCAGCUCCCUGGAGAGCUCAGGCUCCAGCCUGCCCUGAUCUGAGUGGGCUGGGGGUGGGGAUGGUGGAGGAGGCUCAGGGCUGGGGAAGGAUGUGGGGGCCAAUUUAUUCCAACCUGGUCAUCUCUGAGUCUCCAAGGACAACUCUCCAUGGCCCAGUCUGGACCCAGGAGGAGCCCCAUUGAUGCACCAAGGUUGCACUGACUGCUGGGCAUGAUCCCCAUGCUGGAAGAGAUGCUCCCACAGAGACAAGGGGACCUCCUGAAGCAGGGAGUUCUCAUUGCUCCUGGCUGUGGGGCCUUGGCAAGGGCUUCUGGCAUGAGCUGUUUAAUAAAGAGCAU